GUUGGCUUUCUUCUAAUAGAACACAAAUCGAACAAUCAAGUAGAAUCGUGUAGUAAGUAAGCUAGCAUGGUAAGUUUUUCUUUUGAGACUAGAUGUAUAGAUCGUUGCACUUUUGUUAUGUGCCCUAUUCUAUGCUCUUCGCUUCAAUCGAUACGAUAGAUGAUGAAUCCUCCCUAUAUAAAUUUAUUUGCACCUAUUACCCAUUUAACCCUCAUAGCAUUUAGUCACGUGCAUUCCCCAACUCCAACCCACUAUUAUGGUGGCGAACACUUUCAUGUAUGCUUAAAUAAACCAAAAAAUAAUCAUAAUCGGCAUUAUAUUCAUUUUGCGGUUUUUCACUUGAAGUAUUUCAUGAUGUUUAUUGGACGCGUCUCUUCAACUAAUCCCAUCCCCCUUAUUCCAAAAGAGGGAAUUUUGUUACGAACGAUGCAUUUAACCCGCAAAAUAGUUCUUUAUAGGGGCUGAUAUAUUUCACCAAAUACCAUGCGUGGAUAUAUAAUAUAAGAGAUUCUGUUUUUUUUGCUGCUAUUUUUGAGUUCUACUUUUUGCUUCUGAGGUUUGAACAAGUACUUAUUUCACGUUCAUUAUCAGCAUUCUUCCAUCUGAAUAAACUUCCUCUUCAAUUUUGAUCAAAUUUCACGAAUGAAUUAACUCGAUAUUUUUGACGUGUUGUUUUUUUACGCGCUAUUUCCGUCAUUUUCUCCUCUCUUAUUUCCCCAAUUUAUGUAGAUGCACGUAUAAGUUGGCUUAUUUCUUCACUUUGACAGCCGCGGCUGAAAACAUGAGACCUUGUUGGACGGAUUUAAAUGGAAAGCCACCGCUUGCCGAUUAAAGGAAAAAUUCAUUUUACUUCACAUAUUUACAUUACACUAUAAAAUGUCCGUAUGUGUUCAUUUUUAAAGAUGCGUGCCUCAAUAGACAUUAAAACGUAACUAAUUUCCCUCAAAUUGAUACUUGGAGCAAAAAAAAAUCAGCUUUGUUCACAUAAGGCGGCUUUAUUGAAAAUAAAAUGCGCAAUUCUAUGCGUCAGCUUAAAAGGCACAAAGAUAUUAAAACAUUAUUUAUAUAUAAAUUCUAUAGAAAAUAUUUUAUGUGUCUGUUGUUACUGUUGUGAGCGCAUUUGUCACAUUUUUCGACGCGUUCUAUCAAUCUUUAUUAGUUGGUUAUUGAUUGUUAUUGAAUUUCUGCGUUUUUUUAUUGGCACUGCAUUUUGCUAUUUUAACUUUCUUCUAAUUGUCUGUCAUCCGAGAAUUCAUCAUUAUCUCAAUUCUUCGAAACGAGUAAUUUUUUCCUGGCUUCUAUCUUAGGCGGCGCCAAUGAACAUAUUUUUUUUACAAAAAAAUGAUUUUAUUGAUUUGAUUUUUGACAUACUUGUCUAUUGGAAAGAAUUGAUAGAGUCAAACAAACAAAGUCAUCUCUAAUUUUUUAUUCGUAUGAGUUUCGAGCUCAAUCAAAUUCAACGCGCCGCGCGCUGAAAGCAGGUGUCCUAGAUCCAAUCAGUUUCGACCGAAUAUCGUGGCAUGACCGGCAAAAAAUUAGACAGCGAAACUGACAAGAAGGUUAACAAUCAAAGUUAUAUUCAGGAAUCCACAUUUUACAGAAACAUGGGAAGAAUUUUUCAACUUCCAGCUGUGAAAUGCCUUCUAUUCUUGUGGAUUGCUUCAUCUCUGACCUAUUUGUUUUUGUUUACUUCCCUUCUGGGUGACUCAUCCUCUGAUGAUAUUGCACACCUGGAUAGAAGUGGCGAGAAAAACGAUUAUCCUGUUCAGCCUACAUUUAAUUCUUUCUCUGGAACUGUGAAUUUAUCAAAAACUUUACCAGAAGUUUGGAGUUGUGAUACUUUUGAUAAGGAAAUUACAGAGCAAAAACGGUCGCUGCAGUUUGCAGGAAAAAGCAAAGCAAAGAGUACAAGUUACUGUCUAUUAAUGAUGGAAUCGUUCCCGAAAUGUAUCGGAUUUGUGCAAAAUCCCGACAACGAAUCGCAUUUACUUCCGAACCCAUUUCUAAAAUACAACGACAAACUUAGUUUUGAAAAUAAUGCGGUUAAAUAUCGAUCCUCACAUAUUUACUUUGUCCACAUAAUGAAAUCAAGUGGAACUUCGAUCGAAGGAAUUUUGAGAAAAUUGACCAGAAGAUCUGCAGCUCCUGUCACUUACGAACCGAUUUUGAGCUAUUAUUGCUCAAGCAUGCUGUAUUUUUACCAAAAAGCAGUCAAAAGUCCUCGAACAAGAUACAUAUCAUUGGACAAGCGCUCAUAUGGAUUGCAUAAGAUGGUUCCAUCACCAGGCUAUUACAUCACAGUCUUACGCAAUCCGGUUGACAGAUUUGUCUCCAUGUAUUACUAUAUCAAACAAGGUCGCUACCCAGGCUUGCUCGAAGAUCAGUUAUUUUCGGACAUUUUCAGUAGUAAAGAUUUAGAAGAUUUUGUGGAAUCAACGAAAAAUAAACAGAUACCAUUUUUUGAUGAUCACUCUAUUAGGAUGUUGCACUUUGACAGGUAUCCGGAUGUUUUCUCGACCUUUUCUGGAGGUCCUGACACUUACAUACAAGGUACGACCGAAAUAAUUAAAAUCAACCAAUCACAUUACGAAGAAGCUUUAAGAAACUUGCGCAAUUGUGCGUUUGUCGGUUUAACCGAACACUUCGACGAAAGUCAGCAAAUGUUGGAAACACUUCUCGGUUUAGAAUCCUUGAAAACUGUAGAAAUGAAUGUGAACAAAAAUUACGACAAGAAAGGAAUAAGUGAAAAAAUACGAGCUCUCAUUGAGCCGAGAGUAGUUUAUGACACUAAAUUAUACGAAGAAGCCAAAAGUAUAUUCAAAAAGCAAUACAAUAAUUAUCUCAAGUUUUAUGGGAAAUAAUUUUUACAUUAUUAGCUGUUGAUUUUUAAAAUUUAUUUCAUUUUGUGUAUAUAUUUGUGACCCCAAUUUAAAACUUAAUACAA